AUGGUCGGUACAGCUUUCGAAACCUUUGAUGCCAGUAAACUUGAAGUCCAAAUCAGUAAACAACUCAAGCCUUUAGUUCCUGAGAAUGAAUUAGUAUUUGGAAAGCACUUCACCGACCAUAUGAUUUCAAUUGAAUUUGAUAGUGAAAAUGGUUGGAGUAACCCUGUUAUCAAGCCUUAUGGAAAGCUUGAAUUGGAACCUAGUGCAGUUGUACUCCAUUAUGGUUUUGAAUGUUUUGAAGGUAUGAAGGCUUAUAAAGAUGCUGAAGGUCAUGUCAGACUUUUCCGUCCUGAAAUGAAUAUGGAUCGUUUAAAUAGAUCUUCCUCUCGUUUGGGUAUGCCCACAUUCGAACCCGAGGAAUUAAUUAAAGUCAUUACUGAAUUCCUUCGUAUUGAAGAUCGCUGGAUUCCUAAUAAGCGUGGUUAUUCUCUUUACCUUCGUCCUACUAUUAUUGGUACACAAUCAGCUCUUGGUGUUCGUGCUCCUAAUAAAGCACUCUUGUUUGUUAUUGCCAGUCCUGUUGGACCUUACUUCUCCACUGGUUUCAAAGCUGUCAGUUUAUUGGCCUCUACAGAAUAUGUUCGUUCUUGGCCUAAUGGCACAGGUAACUACAAGGUAGGUGGUAACUAUGCUCCUUGUGUUAAGCCUCAAUCUAUUGCUGCUCAAGAAGGAUACCAACAAAACUUGUGGUUGUUUGGUCCUGAUUAUGAAAUUACUGAAGCUGGUACGAUGAAUUUCUUUAUGCUUUGGAAAAACCCUGACACAGGUCGUCGUGAACUUAUUACACCUCCACUUAACGGCUUAAUUUUACCUGGUGUUACAAGAGACAGUAUUAUUCAAUUAGUCAAGUCUUGGGAAGCUGAGACAGGUAUUUAUGUUCGUGAAGAGAAGGUAACGAUGGCUGAUGUGAUUCAAGCUGUUCAUGAGAAUCGUGUUAUUGAAAUGUUUGGCGCUGGUACUGCAUGUAUUGUUAGUCCUAUCAAGUGUAUUGGCUUCCAAGGUAAAGAUAUCCAUAUUCCUCUUGAUCCAUCAGAUCCUGAUUCUGAGGCUGGUUCCUUAACUAAGAAGAUUAAUGAUGCUAUCAUGGAUAUUCAAUAUGGUGUUGUUGAACAUUCUUUCUCUCGUAGAAUUAUUUAA